CCUGCUGAGGCAGUGGAGAGGAGACAGAGAAAACAAGUGGGAGAGUUACAGGCAAUAUGCCUGACAGGUGGGGUCUCCCACAGCGCUUUGUAAUGGAAUGCAGUACUUUGGAGAGAGAGAAUAAGCCACGUUGAACAAGAAACUGUAUCAGCUCCGGGAAGGCUGAUUUAAACAGCAAGGACCAUGAGGAGCCCGGUGGUUUAUGGCAACCCAGUCAUGUUUGGACCCGUGGAUUGGAACUAUGCAGCUGGCGCCCCGGUAAGGAGAGGGAAGAGUGUGGAGGAGUUGGGGGAUGCUGGUUGGGUCAAAGAGAGAGAGAGGAUGGCUCAUCUUCAACAGCUACAGCAACUGCACCAACUGCAACUUCAGCAGCAACAGGUUGGAUAUCCUGGGUAUGCAGCAGUUCCUCCUGGCCAGCCACAGGGACCAGUGAUGGUAGCAAGUCCUGGUAACCCAAUUCCAGGUCCAGGCUGCCCUAUGCCAGUACAUGGCAGCAUGAUGCCUGUUCAGAGACAAGCAAUGGUGGCUGUAGGGGGGCCAAUGCCAUCUCAUGUGCAUAUGCCACCCCCAUGGCCAGUACAAUGGGAGAACCAACCUCAAAUUAUACAGGGCAAUAUCUGCCCCCAACCCAGCUGGGAGAACGAUGAACAGCACAAGGCAGCAUUAAAAGAAAAGAGGCAUCAAGGCCAGGAUAUUUACUUCCACCCUGCUUCAGAAGAUGGUCACCUAAACUUGAGGAUAUCUGAAAGGAAAGGAAAACAUUGUUUCUACCAGGGCCCAGAGGAUAACAGCCACCAGGACUACAGCCGAGUGCCACAAGAAAAGGACAACAAUGACUACAGAAGUCAAGAAGGACCUGGUCAUUUUGAUGACGAUAGAAGAAGAAGGGACAAUUACGUCAGAGAAAAUGACCAUGAUGCUGAGCGUUAUAGUCAUAGGAGUCACAGAGACUACACAGAAUAUGACCAUAAGGACAAAUACAGAUAUAGGGAUCAUUAUGACAAGAAAUAUGAUCAACGCUAUGAUGACAGAGAGCAGCAAAAUUAUGACGACCAGAAACACAGGAAGCAUGCUCUCAAAGAACAUGACAGCUACAACAGUGAGUAUGAAGACUACUAUGAUCAUAAGGACACAUAUACUCGCAGAGACAGGUACAGGGACAGUGACCACUACUAUGACCAAGAUAGGGAUUAUUUUGACUCUAAAGAGCGUAAUCGCUAUAAAGAGAAGGACCACUACCAAUGUAGAGAGGAGGACCGCUACUAUGAUGAGCGAAAACAUAUGGAUCGUUACUAUGACCAGCAUGCAGAAGAUCAGCAUGACCGCAGAGAACAUUUGUACAGAGACAGGGAUGUUUAUAAUCGAAGGGGUGAGGAAACUUACUCCAGUAAAGGAAGAGGCCAAUAUGACUCUGACCUGGAUGAGAACUAUGGUCAUAAGGAGAAGGACCACUACAGGUACAACAGAUACAAGGAUACAAGUGAUGACAGGAGAGAUGAGCAAUACAACCACAGAAGGAGGGACAACUACAAAGCAAAGGAACACUAUGAGCAGGGGGGCCUGGAUCACUACGACCAUGAAAGUGAAGACCGCCACAAUCGAACAGACACUGAACUCUAUGAAUCCAGGGAAGGGGGACGUUCCCACUACAAACCCAGAGACAGAUAUCGAGAUUUACGUUCAAUAUCCAGUGAUCCGCGAUAUGAGGAAUACCCUAAAAAAGAUAGCAAGACACACUGUGAGGAGUGGGUUGAGCAGCAGAACCAGAAGCUGGCAUUGAGGGAAAUGCGCUCCUUUGAGGAUCCCGUUAUAUACAGGCGCAGUGACGAGCAGGAAAAAGGAUAUGAGUCCAGUACUGGGAGUACGGGUACAAAACGUGGUCGCAAGCCUGUUUAUGUUGGCUCCCUAGAUCGCAACAGCUUCUACAGGAAGACUGCUCCAAGCGCCCUGCGAAAGUCACAGUUCGCCACUAACAGGAAGCAGAAUCAAGAGAUGACGCUCCUGUCGUCCCAACCCAAAUCAUUGGAGCCGGCCUCGGCCUCGGACGCGACCCCUGCCACCGGCACAGAGGAUCCUGAGCUAAGGAUGCUGGAGAAGAGGGCCAAGGUCAUCGAGGAGCUGCUGCAGACUGAGAAGGACUACAUCAAAGACCUGCAGAUGUGUGUGGAGGAGAUCAUCGAGCCAAUGCAGAAGAAGCAGGUGAAGAAUGUGGACUUUGAUGGACUCUUCGGCAACAUCAACUCUGUGAUUGACCUGUCGCAACGCCUCUUUGAUACACUGCAGGACACAGACUCUAUUGGAAAGGUAUUUCUGGACUUCAAAGUAGAGCUGGAGGAGGUGUACAAGAUCUACUGCCAGAACCACGAUGAUGCCAUCUCUCUGCUGGAGAGCUACGAGAAAGAUGAGCACAUCCAGCGUCAUGUGUUGGAGAGCUUGGAGAGGCUGAGGGCCAUAUAUCGAGAGUGGGGGAAAACAAAUUACAUCAACCUUGGCUCUUUCUUGAUCAAGCCAGUGCAGCGAGUGAUGCGUUACCCACUGCUGCUGAUGGAGCUGCUGGGGGCCACGCCAGAGAGCCACCAUGACCGGCCCCAGCUGACUCAAGCUCUGCUGGCCGUCAAGGAGAUAAAUGUAAACAUCAACGAGUACAAGCGCAGGAAGGACCUCGUGGUUAAGUACAGGAAAGGCGACGAAGACACAUUCAUUGACAAGAUCUCCAAGCUGAGCAUGCACUCCAUUAUCAAAAAAUCCAACCGAGUCAGCAGCCACCUAAAGCACCUCACAGGAAUUUCACCACAGAUUAAAGAUGAAGCAUUUGAUGAGGCUGAAAAGCGAUUCAGGCUUCAGGAGAGACUCAUCAAGUCUUUCAUCAGAGAUAUUUCCUUGUACCUGCAACACAUCAGGGAAUCUGCAUCCGUGAAGGUCCUGGCAGCCAUCAGUUUCUGUGAUAUCUACACAGAGCGAAGUAUCCUGGACCCCGAGCGUUUCCAGAGGGCUCACCGCAGCAUCAGUGACAAACAAUUCACAGACUUUAAGGAACGCACAGAGGCCUUAGUCAUCAACCCACUCACCCAGCUGCUCCUCAUGUUUGCGGGGCCCCACAAACUCAUCCAAAAACGCUUUGACAAGCUGUUGGACUAUGACAACUGCAAGGAGCGCGCUGACCGCCUUAAGGAUCGUCGUGUCCAGGAUGAGCUGCAGGUGGCACGCAACAACUAUGAGGCGCUCAAUGCCCAACUUCUGGACGAGCUCCCCAAGUUCCACACUGCGGCAGAGGAGCUGUUCACUGGCUGUGUGAGGGCUUUCUCUCAAUCCCAGAAGGAUUUCAUGAAGACAACACUUGGAGAGCUGAAGCCCCUCCUUCAGGUUUUUUCUCGCAAAGCUGGCACAGAGGGCAACCUGAUCGCGCAGUUUCAAGAGGAGUAUGGCCGUGUUCUCCAACUUCUGCAGAGUUUUAGUUUCUGUCCGGAGAAUCUGCCUCCAGCCGCCACCACGAAAAAAACCUUUGAGAGGAAGACUCUGGAGAAGCAGACCUCCAAAAAGCAACUGCAAGGGCCUCCCAACCACAUCCUGCAGACCGAUGAGCACCGUGCAGGGCUUCUGGUACGCUAUGGCCCUGAGAAACUCUUCCAGGCUGAGAGGAACUUCAAUGCAGCCCAGGAUCUGGAUGUGUCUAUACUAGAGGGGGACCUUGUGGGUGUAAUCAAGCAACAGGACCCCAUGGGUAGCCACAAUCGCUGGCUUAUUGAUACUGGAGUCAACAAGGGUUUUGUGUACAGCUCCUUCCUCAAACCUUACAACCCACGCAGGAGCCAGUCAGAUGUGUCCAUCGAGAGUCAGUCGUCCAAUGAGUCUGGCUACGGUGGCUCCUCCCCUGUUUUUUCCCGCCAGAACAGCAACAGCACACUGACCUUUAACCAGGAAACAGCCACCGUCAGCUUUUCAACUUCACAGCCUCAAAGUCAAUCAUCACCACACCCUUCGCUGGACUCCGCCUCCUCUCGUAGGAGUCACCACAGAGAUCCACCGAACCCCGACACUGUCAGUCAGAGCAACUCCAUAAACUCGUCACCCCGAAAUCUUUCAAACCGCAGGGACUUCUCAGACCAAACGCACCGAAGUUCCCCCAGUCACAGAGACACAGAGCCCUCCUACCGAAACUCGGGCAGUCAAAGAGACUCAUAUGACAUGACUCACGCGAGUCAGAGCAGCCACAAGGAGACGUCAGACUUCUAUGACACAGACUCUUGUUCUUCACUCAGAAACAACCGUUCGCAGCGGUAUGGACACACAGACAAAGCCAACAGUUCAUACCAGUGGAGAAAUGGAGAUAACGGUGCCCAGAAGAAGUCUGCCCACUCCCAAGAUGAGUACAUUGAGCCGGAUCCAGAACCAGAACAUGACAGUGAAUUAGAUGGUCAUCAGAUAUACUAUGCCCUCUAUUCCUUCAAUGCACGUUGCGCCAAUGAACUGAGCAUCUCAGCCAACCAGAGACUGCGUAUACUUGAGUUCCAGGACAUGAAUGGCAACGGUGACUGGUGGCUGGGGGAGGCCGGAGGCCGACGAGGCUACGUGCCUUCCAACUAUAUUCGCAAAUCAGAAUAUACAUGAACAAUUUGAACCAAGUGCUGAUACAUGAGACUGUACUGCAAUCACACUGCGAGCGCACACAGAACAAAAAGGCAAACAAGCAUCUGGACACAUGGUGACUUAUUUUUUGAUCUGUUGUCAUGGAGUUUGAAAGUGAAAAAGACUGACUAGUGCUGCUGACUCCUCAAAGUUAGCAUUAUAUGCCUAUAUUUAUAGAUCUUUUUAUAUUAUUUUUACUUACUGGAAACUGCACCCUACCCCCUCUCGUUUCCAGUGAAAAACCUGUGAAUUGCACCAGGAUUUUGCCAUAUUCUCUGGGGCUAAAGACAAUGAAUGGUAUGCUUAAAGGCAGAAUGAGUAAGAUUUGUCAGUAGCGGUUUGUAAACACAACAUUCAAAGUUGGCCCCACCCCCCUUAGCUUGACGACACCAGAAGUGCUACGCUGCCGUGCAGCGCUAUGUUGCUACGUUUUCCUGCCCUCACACCCUGUGUGCUGUUGGCCAAAGCUUGGCGCUUAGAAAUGUCCCAAACACGGCAAAAUAAUAAGAAAAUACAGGCAGAGGGCAUUGUCUCUGCAGAUACACACACUGCCACACUCCUCUAGUGGGUGAUGACUGUUAUACAUUGUUAUUUUAGGAAAAUCCUGCUCAUUCUGCCUUAAAAAGGAUAGUCUUAAAGGUUAGCACAUUGGGAGAUUGCAAUGGAAAUGUGAAUGUUUUGGGUUCAAACUGGUUCUUCUAAACUGAUAUCACUUAGUAUGCCGACAGACUGACCUAAACACUGUGUUAAUGACAUUUUCUGCAUGUGGAAUGCAUACAUUUAUACUCAACAAUCAAAGUGUGAAGCACUUAAUUAUGAAUCAAUGGUUGCAGGUUUGAAGUGUCUGUGGGGACGCCAACAAGAGUUUGGAGUGUUGUAUGACAUUGAUAACAACCAUAUGAAUUUAAAGAAUAUAACCAAGUUGAAUGGCAUAUGACUUAUGGUUUACAAGCACUCCCCUUGACCUUUUUGUCAGUAACCUGAAAACUUUUUUUACUGGUUUGACACUGAGCAAACAGGUGAUGACCUGUAAGAAGAGGUUAACGAACAGGGAGAGCGAGUUUGUAGUCUGAUCUCAACUCUACAUGCUCCCCAUGUACAUUAUAUAUAGUGAUGUAUAUUGAGAACAUGCUAUUGCACCCACUGUAAAGUGAUCACUGUUUGAAUAAAAAAACAGCUCUGCUGACAAAUUA